CCGCAUUCUCCUCCCCGUUACCCGUCAAAAUCAAAAUCGUGCCGAUUUCCCCGCCUUCUCUCUCAAUGCAGACAGCAAUCCAUCCCACGUCUCUAACCGCAUGUCUCGGUGACCCCGCGGCCACCGGAAUCUCCUGAUCCCGAUCCUGUUCUCCACUCUUCCAAAUGAUCUGAUCCCCGCCCUGCGGACGACAUGCAUCCGUUCUGCUGCGUGUCAACGGAACCCGUCGCGGAACGGAACGCGGCCACGCCACCCACUCCGUCGCCUGAAUUUCUCGACAUGCCAACCUCGCCUCGAUCCGAUACCCUAACCUCUGCUCCUCGCAGCCUCUGCACCUCCCCUCAAUCCGUCGAUCUUGCUAACGGCCAUGCCCGGCCCCGUCCCCUUGAGGCAUCUCAGCCGUCCCGAUCAGUGGGCCACCUUGAGCCAUCGUCGACGCUGGAUCACCGUGAGGUGAAGCUGAAUGACAUCGUUGGCAACGGCGUCUCCGGAAUUCUCUACAAGUGGGUGAAUUAUGGCAAGGGAUGGCGGCCGCGGUGGUUCGUGCUCCAGGACGGCGUCCUAUCCUAUUACAAAAUCCAUGGUCCGGACAAGAUCGAUCUCAGCCAAGAGACGGAGAAGGGAUCGAGGCUCAUCGGUGAGGAAUCUGUCAAACGCAUGCGCCGCUACAGGAAUGGCAUCUCCCAAUCCCGCCGGAAGCCUGUGGGCGAAGUCCAUCUCAAGGUUUCGUCGAUCCGUGAGAGCCGAUCGGAUGACAAGCGGUUCUCGAUCUUCACUGGGACCAAGCGGCUCCACCUGCGGGCUGAGUCCCGCGAGGAUCGAAUUGCUUGGAAGGAUGUGCUGCAGGCCGUGAAGGACAUGUUCCCACGGAUGUCGAACAGCGAGCUCAUGGCCCCGGUCGACAAUUUUGUCUGUUCGACAGAUAUGCUAAGGCAGCGGCUAUUGGAGGAGGGCCUGAAUGAGGCGGCAAUCCAGGACAGUGAGCAGAUUAUGAGGAAUGAGUUCGCUGAACUGCAGGACAAGCUGGUGCUUCUCAAGCAGAAACAAUCGCUCCUCAUUGAGACCCUGCGCCAGCUAGAGACAGAAAAGGUUGAUUUGGAGAAUACUGUAGUUGAUGAGAGCCAAAGGCAGUCAAAGGAAGAUAGGUCUGCUUCAAGACUGAAGAAUGACAAAUGUAGUGAAGGUAGUAUCACAGAAUCCGAUGAUGACAAUGAAAGACAAGAUGCCGCGGAGGAAGAAACAGAUGAUGAUGAAAAUGCAUUUUUUGAUACACGCGAUUUUCUGUCGUCAAGUUCUUUUAAAAGUAGUGAGUCUGAUUUUCAGAGGUCGUCAUUUGAUUCUGAUGAUGAAGAGCAUUAUGCCAUUGAUUCUGAGAAUGGUAUUGAUGCUUCAAUAAGAUCUAUGGGAUUUAACUACCCUUAUGUUAAACGACGAAAAAGAUUGCCCGAUCCAGUUGAGAAAGAGAAGGGAGUCAGCCUCUGGUCAAUGAUUAAAGAUAACAUUGGAAAGGAUCUUACGAAAGUUUGUCUUCCUGUGUACUUUAACGAGCCUCAAUCUUCUUUACAGAGAUGUUUUGAAGAUCUGGAAUACUCGUUCCUAAUUGACCAAGCGAAUGAAUGGGGUAAAAAGGGAAAUAGCCUUAUGCGGAUUCUAAAUGUUGCUGCAUUUGCUGUAUCUGGAUAUGCUUCUACAGAAGGAAGAAACUGCAAGCCAUUUAAUCCACUUUUGGGGGAGACAUACGAAGCUGACUAUCCAGACAAAGGCCUACGUUUUUUCUCAGAAAAGGUCAGUCAUCACCCAAUGAUUGUUGCGUGCCACUGUGAAGGCAGAGGAUGGAAAUUUUGGGGAGAUAAUAAUCUAAAAAGCAAAUUCUGGGGUCGUUCAAGUCAACUUGAUCCUGUUGGUGUUUUAACUCUCGAGUUUGAUGAUGGUGAAAUUUUUCAAUGGAGCAAGGUCACAACGUCCAUUUACAACCUUAUAUUGGGGAAGCUCUAUUGUGAUCAUCAUGGUACCAUGCGAAUAGAAGGAAAUCAUGAAUAUUCAUGCAAGCUAAAGUUUAAGGAGCGGUCAAUCAUAGACCGAAAUCCUCACCAGGUACAAGGUAUAGUCCAGGACAGGAAUGGAAAAACGGUGGCCACACUACUUGGAAAGUGGGAUGAGAGCCUGCAUUAUGUGUUAGGCGAUCACUCUGGAAAGGGCAGAGGAUUGGAACAAUGGUCUGAGGCCUGCUUGCUCUGGAAGCGCAGCAACCCAUCUCAGUUCCCCACCAGAUAUAACUUGACACGCUUCGCCAUUACACUGAAUGAGCUCACACCCGGAUUGAAGGAGAAGUUGCCCCCCACAGAUUCAAGGCUAAGGCCAGAUCAGAGGUGCCUGGAGAACGGGGAAUAUGAUAUGGCCAAUGCAGAGAAGUUGCGACUGGAGCAGAGACAACGACAGGCGAGGAAGAUGCAAGAGCAGGGUUGGAAGCCACGGUGGUUUGCCAAGGAGAAGGGAAGCGAGACGUACCGGUACAUUGGUGGUUACUGGGAGGCUAGGGAGCAACACAAGUGGGAGGCAUGCCCCGAUAUCUUUGGCCAAGCGUCGACCACUGAUCAAAUGUUGGUCUGAGAGGUGAGCCAAAGGCUGUGUGACCCGUGACCAUUUGCCUUCUGUUUUUCUUCCUCUUGUUGAUCUAUUCUCUUUUGGUUCUCCACGGAUUGGAGGAUCUUGAGAUGCUGGUGGCCAAUGCGAGUGCUCUCCAUAUUUUGAGCAGUUGAGGUGCUGAAUGGCAGUGUAAUACGUGUGGAGCUGAAGGUGUCGCUGGCAAUGUAAUAGAAGUAGUUGUUGGCUCUCUCUCUCUCCGUGAACAUUUUCCUGUGAGGAAAAAAGAAAAAAGAAAAAAGAAAAAAAAAGUAUUAUUUUCUGAACAUUUUCCUAUGAGGAAAAAAAAAGUAUUAUUUUUUCAUAUUUUUCAAUAUUCAAUCCAGUUUUCAUUCUCA